UGUUCAUAAUGUGAUCAAUAUUCAAUCAAAUGAACUUGCUCACCCUUUCUACAUAUAGUAUUUAAUUGUACCUAAUACUGCUAUGAAUACCCAUAUUCCUUAAAUAUUGUACUUUUAUUUUAUUAUAGGAUGGCAGAAGACUUUGAUGUAGAAGCUAUGCUAGAAGCUCCAUACAAUAAAUCGGAUAACACUUCCUCUUCAAGGCAUCGAUCUGACAAGUAUUCUGAUAAGCACAAAGACAAAGAUCGAGAUGGCGGUCGAAGACGAAGCCGUUCAAGAGAUAGAAGACGAUCACGUGAAAAAGAUUUGCAUAGAACAAAGGAUAGAGAUGAUAAAAAGGAAAGGGAGCGUGACCGAGAUAGGGAACGCAGAGACAGGGAUAAGGAUCGCAGCCACAAAGACCGCGAUAAAGAAAAGGAAAAAGAACGUGAUAGAGACAGCAAACGUAGCAAAGACAGAGAUCGCAGCCGUGAGAGAGAUCGAAGCCGCGAGAAACAUUCUCAUAAGAGGGAAAAAAGCAGAGAAAAGGAUAAAGAAUAUCGUUCUAAAUCUAGAGGUGUGGAGCCUAAAUUAGACGAUCUACCACCAGAAGAGCGUGAUUUGCGGACUGUAUUCUGUAUGCAAUUAUCACAACGUAUUAGAGCUAAAGAUUUAGAAGAAUUUUUUUCAUCAGUUGGUAAAGUUAGAGAUGUAAGACUCAUUACAUGCAACAAAACUAGGAGAUUCAAGGGAAUUGCUUACAUAGAAUUCAAAGAUGCCGAAUCUGUACCAUUGGCUUUGGGGUUGACCGGACAAAAAUUGUUAGGAGUUCCUAUUAUUGUACAACAUACACAAGCAGAAAAAAAUAGAGUGGGUAACACUUUGCCUAACUUGGCCCCAAAAACAAGUAAUGGACCUACUAGACUAUAUGUUGGUUCCUUACAUUUCAAUAUAACUGAAGAUAUGUUAAGAGGUAUCUUUGAACCGUUUGGUAAAAUAGAUCAUAUUCAACUGAUGACUGAUCCUGAAACUGGCAAAAGUAAAGGCUAUGGUUUUCUCACGUUUCAUCAUGCAGCAGAUGCAAAAAAAGCCAUGGAGCAAUUGAAUGGCUUUGAAUUAGCAGGAAGACCAAUGAAAGUGGGAAAUGUUACUGAACGCACAGAUGGUGGUGCUAGCACACGAUUUGAUGCAGACGAAUUAGAUAGAGCUGGAGUAGAUCUUGGUGCUACUGGUAGACUUCAGCUGAUGUUUAAAUUAGCUGAAGGAACAGGGCUUCAGAUCCCACCUGCAGCAGCAUCGGUGCUAAUGGGAGCAGGCUCAGCAAUGGCCAACCCCCAACCACAGGUUGCUCCACCGAUAGCCACACAGUGUUUUAUGCUCAAUAAUAUGUUUGAUCCUGCCAAUGAAACCAAUCCUAAUUGGGAUAUUGAGAUAAGAGAUGACGUGAUAAGCGAAUGUAAUAAACAUGGCGGAGUUCUACAUGUCUAUGUCGAUAAGGCUUCACCCCAAGGAAAUGUUUACUGCAAGUGCCCCACAAUAGCAACCGCUGUAGCUUCUGUUAACACAUUACAUGGGCGAUGGUUCGCGGGACGUGUUAUUACGGCGGCAUAUGUUCCACUCGUCAAUUAUCAUUCCUUGUUCCCGGAUGCUAUGACCGCUCUCACUUUACUCUUACCGUCAAGACAACGGUAAUUUAUAUGGCAUGAUUAAACCUGACAGCAUUUAAUAAUGGAGAAUAUUUAUUUUAAGGGAAUUGUGUGCGUCGUUUUAGUUAUAGAUAACGAUCUAUCUAUAUUUUCUUUUAGUAAAUAAAUGGUUAGAUAUUAAAUAUUUCAUUUCA